AUGAAGGCUGAGUACGAUCUUGAUCAUCUUCCUCAUCAAAGCUUCUACGGAAUGGUGAGAGAUUCAAUGAAGGCUGAGUACGAUCUUGAUCAUCUUCCUCAUCAAAGCUUCUACGGAAAUUAUUCAAAAACUUUGGUUCCCAUAAACAAAAACUCCCAAAUAAUUACCAAGGUCAAGCCCAAGAUCCGUAUCAUCCAUAUAUUUGCUCCGGAGAUCAUCAACACCGACGUCAAGAACUUCCGUACACUUGUCCAAAGUCUAACCGGUAAACCGGAUAUCACCAAAACCGGUACUAAAAAAAAGAUAACCCAAACAAAAUUUCCGGCGCCUCCGCCACCACCUCAAGAAACCGGCCAUGAGACGGCGGAGAUGGUCAACAUGUUAAUAGGAAGCCACGCGGUAAAGGAAGAAUGGGGAUCAGGUUCGAACCCAAACACAUACUUUAAUUUAGAGGGUUUAAUCGAUCUUGAUGAAGACGACGACAUAUUCUCAAGUCGAUGGUUUGAUAUUCAAGACCAAUAA